AUGAGCAUGUAUGUGAAAGCUUCAGCGGGUCCUGAAGAGGACCAAAAGCUGAUUUAUGCUGGGAAACUGCUGCUCGAUCAUCAGUAUCUGAGAGAGCUGCUGCCAAAGCAUGGGGAGCUGCAUGUUCUUCACUUGGUGUACGCCUUCAAGACUCCUGCAAGUCUGCAAGAAAGCGAUGCAGAGGUUAAAGCUGAUCAGCCAAAGUUACCAUCAGAAGAUAGUGAAGAACCACCUGUAUCUGCCUCAGACAGUGAGGGACAGAGAGACUCUUCUGGUGGGCAGUCUUCAGCAGAAGCCAGUAAUGGGCUGGAAACAACUCUGCAUCCCUUCCGAAGUGUGGCUCCUGGCUUCUCUGCUUAUACGACCUACAGCAUGCUCCAAAUGUCCUGGCUUCAGCAGAUUUAUGCAAGACAAUAUUACAUGCAAUACUUGGCUUCUACUGCUGCAUCUGCCAACCCACCCCAUGCACAGCGUUCUCGGGAGAUACCUGUGGCACCAGUGACACCCCCGGCUCCUCUCCCAGACCAAUUUCCUGCACAAAAUCAGCCUGGAAACCAGAACGCUGCUGCCCAGGUUAACGCAGCGGCCAACCAGAACUUGCGGAUGAAUGCCCAAGGGGGUCCCCUCAUGGAGGAAGAGGAGGAUGGUGGCAAUCGUGAUUGGUUGGACUGGCUCUACUCAGCAACACUGUUCUACGUUUUUGUCAACAUUAUCUACUUCUACUCCAGUGUCAGUAGAUUCCUCCUGGUUAUGGGUGGCACUGUGCUGAUGUAUCUGCACCAUGUGGGAUGGCUUCCAUUUAGACGAAGACCAGUUCAGCCCUUCCCAGGCAAUGUUCCCCCUCAAGCUGCUGUAAACCAGGACCAGAACAAUAACUUACAGGGGGGAAAUGCAGGCAGAGCAGAUGAAUCUGAGGUGUCUCCUGAUGAGGGACAAGUCUCACAAGAACUGCAGCAGGCCAAUCCUUCACUUAUGAGCACAGCGUGGGUUUUUUUCAAGACUUUCUUUGCAUCCCUCCUUCCAGAAGGGCCUGGAGUCACCCACAACUGACUCAUCACUAGCCUACUUGCCUGAAACAGCAAUGGGAUUUAGUCUGCUGGAACAAAUCGGAUUCCAACUCCAAUCCAGGAGUGAAAGUGGAUGGCGCUUCUCUGGCUUUUGCUGACCAAGCAAAGCAAGCUGCAAGAAGCCUUAAGUCAUUACAGCCUAGAGACAAAGAUGCUUGCCCUCAUUCCAGAGAACCUCGCUGUGUAGCGUUCGUUAGGUACCGACGUAGAGGCUUGGCAUUGUAAGCUUGUGCACUAAAUGCACAGGCUCUAAGCAGGUGCGCAAAAACGUUAGAGAAGCAAAUUGCUGCUUCUGUGCAAUGUGAUUCCUGUUGGAAUGUUUCAAAUGCUAUUUAAAUUACACUGAGUGUAGGAUCUCAAAAA